ACCAGCAAUCACCACAAUUCAAAAACACUACGUGCAAUAAUUGAACAGCAGUUUGCAAAUUUUGUUUCCGGAGAAAACAGAAGCGCGUAAUAAUUGUUCAGAACAAGAGUAGUGGUACUGCGGGGUAAAACUGAAUAGGUAAAGCAAUGAUGUUGUGGUUUUUUCAUAUGCUCUGGUUGAUACUGGUGAUACUAUUAUUCUUCUCUAUUUUGCGUCGUGUAUACUACUUUGGAAUACGAGAUUCAGGGCGAGAGCAGGUUCCACAAACAAACCAAAACAAUAGUGUAGACGGUCAACAAUUUUACAUUUUUACAGUUUACAACUCUCGUCUUCAACAUGAUAACAGUGUUCGCAACAAUUCACCCGAACUACCGACAGAAAGCAAUGAAGCGCAUCUGCCCAAAUAUGAGGAAGUGAUAAAAUCACCAGGAUUAUACCAAAAACCUCCCUCGUAUGAUCAAAUUUAAUCUACUGUAUUAAAGAGAAAACAAAGAACUAUUUAUUGCUUA